GGGAGAUGCUUGAGGAAGCACUCGAGGCACCCGAGCCGAUCCUAUCUAUGGAAGGGAGCUGCACUGUCCAAGAGAGGGGGUAUAAAACUGGCAAUGCCCGCUUCAAAGCCGACCUCCUCAUCCGCAUCCCGGAACAAUAUUACUCCAAACACUAAAGUUGGCACAGUCUCCUAUUCCAGCACCCCUAGCCUCCGCCAAGACGCCCAUCAUGGCUCCUUCUCAUCCGAUUCUCGUUUUCGGCGCAGCCAACUUCGGCAGCCCAUGGGGCGGCCCAGCAACGACGGCGGAGGGUUUCCCAGGCAUGGUGGACGCCCUGGACCGGCUCGGGAUUAAGAGGAUCGACACGGCGGCCAUCUACCCAGCCGGCGGCAAGCCGGGCGACUCGGAGAGGAUCAUAGCCGCGAGCGGCGUGGCCUCCCACCCGGCCGGGUUCCAGGUCGACACAAAGGUGGCCUGGACGCUCGGCCAGCCCCAAGGCACCCUGACGGCCGAGAAGGUCAGCGCGAGCGCGAUCAAGAGCCUCGAGAACCUCGGGGUCGACAAGAUCAACGUGCUGUACGCCCACGUCCCGGACCCGACGACGCCGCUGGAGGAGCAGGUCGAGGCGUUUGAGGAGCAGCGGCGCAAGGGCCGCUGCCGGGAGAUCGGUCUCAGCAACUUCUCGCCCCAGAUGGUCGAAGACUGGGUGGCCAUCUGCAAGCAAAAGGGCUACGCCGUGCCGUCCGUGUACCAGGGCGAGUACAACCUCACGCACCGGCAGGAGGAGGCCACGCUCUUCCCCGUGCUGCGGCGGCACGGCAUCGCCUUCCUCGCCUGGUCGCCGCUGGCGUCGGGCUUCCUGUCGGGCCGGCUGACGGCGGGCGCGGUGGACGCGUCGUCGUCGCGCUUCGCCGACCCGGGCGUCGUCGGCGGCAUGCUGCGGGCCUCGCUCGACCGGCCCGAGCUGCACGCCGCCGUGCGCGCGCUCCAACCCCUGCUGGAGGCCAAGGGGAUCAGCCACGCGGCCGCGGCGCUGCGCUGGGUCGCGUUCCACUCGGUCCUGCGCGCCGACCUGGGCGACGGCCUCGUGCUCGGCGCCAGCAGGGUCGAGCAGGUGGAGCAGAACGUGGCGGCCAUCGCGGAUGGCCCGCUGCCGGACGACGUCGUCAGGGGCAUCGAGGACACACGGGCCAACGCCUCGGCAGAGCAGGUGGCGGUGGUUCAGAAGGCCUCCAAGGAGGCUGAAUCGAAGUAAAGCCGGUAUCCAAAACGGGAACUUUGACCUACCAGCUAGCACACGGCAUAUAUCCAAAGUAACAGAUUGCAUGCGCAGAUCG